CCUGUUUCAGAGACACCACUGGAUAGAGAGAGAGCAGCGAGCAGAGCAGGCUUCCCUCUGCCUGAAACCUGUCCGGCUGUGGGCUCUCCUUCCCUCUCUUUCCUUUUUCUUUUCUUUUUCCUUUUUUUUUUUUUUUUUUGGUUGAAAUUUUUUUCCAAGGCAAGUUCAUGGAUACUAAGCUGAUAUGUUUGUUGUUCUUUUUCUGUCUGCCUCUGCUCCUAGUGAGUAACCACACUGGUCGCAUCAAGGUGGUCUUUACUCCGAGCAUCUGUAAAGUGACCUGCACCAAGGGCAACUGUCAGAACAGCUGCCAGAAGGGGAAUACCACCACUCUCAUUAGUGAGAACGGCCAUGCAGCCGACACCCUGACAGCCACGAACUUCCGAGUGGUAAUUUGCCAUCUUCCAUGUAUGAAUGGUGGCCAGUGCAGUUCAAGGGACAAAUGUCAAUGCCCUCCAAAUUUCACAGGAAAGCUUUGCCAGAUCCCUGUCCUUGGUGCCAGUAUGCCUAAACUCUACCAGCACGCCCAGCAGCCAGGCAAGGCAUUGGGGAGUCACGUCAUCCAUUCUACACAUACCUUGCCUCUCACCAUGACCAGCCAGCAAGGCGUCAAAGUGAAAUUUCCCCCCAACAUAGUCAAUAUCCAUGUGAAACAUCCUCCCGAGGCUUCUGUCCAGAUACACCAGGUUUCCAGAAUUGAUGGCCCAGUGAGCCAGAAGGUGAAAGAAGCUCAACCAGGCCAGUCUCAAGUCUCUUACCAAGGGCUGCCCGUCCAGAAGACUCAGACAGUACAUUCCACGUACUCCCACCAGCAGGUCAUUCCACACGUGUAUCCCGUGGCCGCUAAGACACAACUUGGCCGAUGCUUCCAGGAAACCAUUGGGUCACAGUGUGGCAAAGCGCUCCCUGGCCUUUCAAAGCAAGAGGACUGCUGUGGGACAGUGGGGACCUCCUGGGGCUUUAACAAAUGCCAGAAAUGCCCCAAGAAGCAAUCCUAUCAUGGUUAUACUCAAAUGAUGGAAUGCCUUCAAGGAUAUAAACGGGUUAACAACACCUUUUGUCAAGAUAUUAAUGAAUGUCAGCUACAAGGUGUAUGCCCUAAUGGUGAAUGUUUGAAUACCAUGGGAAGCUACAGAUGCUCCUGCAAGAUGGGAUUUGGGCCUGACCCUACCUUUUCAAGUUGUGUUCCGGAUCCCCCGGUGAUCUCAGAAGAGAAAGGGCCCUGUUACCGCCUUGUCAGUCCUGGAAGGCAGUGUAUGCACCCUCUCUCUGUUCAUCUCACCAAGCAGAUCUGCUGUUGUAGUGUGGGCAAGGCCUGGGGCCCACAUUGUGAGAAAUGUCCUCUCCUGGGUACAGCUGCUUUUAAGGAAAUCUGUCCUGGUGGAAUGGGUUAUACGGUUUCUGGCGUUCAUAGACGCAGGCCAAUCCAUCAGCAUAUAGGUAAAGAAGCUGUAUUUGUCAAGCCAAAGAACACUCAACCUGUUGCUAAAAGUACUCAUCCUCCACCUCUCCCAGCCAAGGAAGAGCCUGUGGAGGCCCUGACCUCCUCGCGGGAACAUGGGCCGGGAGUGGCGGAGCCCAAAGUGGUAACAGCACCUCCUGAGAAGGAAAUACCCUCAGUGGAUCAAGAGAAAACCAGACUUGAACCUGGGCAACCCCAGCUCUCCCCAGGGGUUUCAACCAUUCAUCUGCACCCGCAGUUUCCAGUAGUGGUUGAAAAGACAUCGCCCCCUGUGCCUGUGGAAGUGGCACCUGAAGCUUCCACAUCAAGUGCCAGCCAAGUGAUUGCUCCUACGCAAGUAACAGAAAUCAACGAAUGUACUGUGAACCCAGACAUUUGUGGAGCAGGACACUGCAUCAACCUGCCGGUGAGGUAUACCUGCAUCUGCUACGAGGGCUACAAGUUCAGUGAACAACAGAGGAAAUGCGUUGACAUUGAUGAAUGUGCCCAGGUCCAGCACCUCUGCUCCCAGGGUCGCUGUGAGAACACAGAGGGGAGUUUCCUGUGUAUUUGCCCAGCAGGGUUUAUGGCCAGUGAGGAGGGUACUAACUGUAUAGAUGUGGAUGAAUGUCUGAGGCCUGAUGUGUGUAGGGAAGGCCGCUGCAUCAACACUGCUGGGGCCUUCCGGUGUGAAUACUGUGACAGUGGGUACCGGAUGUCACGGCGGGGCCACUGCGAGGAUAUUGAUGAAUGUCUGACGCCAAGCACUUGUCCCGAGGAACAAUGUGUGAACUCCCCAGGCUCUUACCAGUGCGUGCCCUGCACAGAAGGGUUCCGGGGCUGGAACGGACAAUGCCUUGAUGUGGACGAGUGCCUGCAGCCAAAGGUCUGUACUAAUGGCUCCUGCACCAACCUGGAAGGCUCCUACAUGUGUUCCUGCCACAAGGGCUACAGCCCCACACCAGACCAUAGGCACUGUCAAGAUAUUGAUGAAUGUCAACAAGGGAACCUGUGUAUGAACGGGCAGUGCAAAAACACCGACGGCUCCUUCCGGUGUACCUGUGGACAGGGCUAUCAACUGUCAGCAGCUAAAGACCAAUGUGAAGAUGUUGAUGAAUGUGAACACCGGCAUCUCUGCUCUCAUGGGCAGUGCAGGAACACAGAGGGCUCCUUCCAGUGCGUGUGCAACCAGGGUUACAGAGCAUCUGUGCUUGGAGACCACUGUGAGGAUAUCAAUGAAUGUUUGGAGGACAGCAGUGUCUGCCAGGGAGGAGACUGCAUCAAUACCGCGGGGUCCUAUGACUGCACAUGCCCGGAUGGAUUCCAGCUGAAUGACAAUAAGGGCUGUCAAGACAUUAAUGAAUGUGCACAACCAGGACUCUGUGAACCUCAUGGGGAGUGUCUGAACACACAAGGCUCCUUCCAUUGUGUCUGCGAACAGGGGUUCUCCAUCUCUGCAGAUGGCCGUACAUGCGAAGAUAUUGAUGAGUGUGUUAACAACACUGUGUGUGACAGUCACGGCUUCUGUGACAACACAGCCGGCUCUUUCCGCUGCCUCUGUUAUCAGGGCUUUCAAGCCCCACAGGAUGGGCAAGGGUGUGUGGAUGUGAACGAAUGUGAGCUGCUCAGUGGUGUAUGUGGGGAAGCUUUCUGUGAAAACGUGGAAGGGUCGUUCCUGUGUGUGUGUGCCGAUGAGACCCAGGAAUACAGCCCCAUGACGGGGCAGUGUCGAUCCCGGGUCACAGAAGAUUCAGGUGUGGAUCAUCAGCCCAGAGAAGAGAAGAAAGAGUGCUAUUAUAACCUCAAUGAUGCCAGUCUCUGUGAUAACGUGCUGGCCCCCAACGUCACCAAACAAGAGUGCUGCUGUACGUCGGGUGCUGGCUGGGGAGACAACUGUGAGAUCUUCCCUUGCCCGGUCCAGGGGACUGCUGAGUUCACGGAAAUGUGCCCUAGAGGGAAAGGAUUUGUCCCCACUGGAGAAUCCUCUUACGACACCGAUGGGGAGAACUACAAAGACGCUGAUGAGUGCCUGCUGUUUGGAGAGGAAAUCUGCAAAAAUGGUUACUGUUUGAACACUCAGCCUGGGUAUGAGUGCUACUGCAAGCAAGGGACAUACUAUGACCCUGUCAAAUUACAGUGUUUUGAUAUGGAUGAAUGUCAAGACCCUAACAGUUGUAUUGAUGGCCAGUGUGUUAAUACAGAGGGCUCUUACAACUGCUUUUGUACCCAUCCAAUGAUCCUGGAUGCCUCUGAGAAGAGAUGUGUGCAACCAACUGAAUCAAAUGAACAAAUAGAAGAGACCGAUGUCUACCAAGAUCUGUGCUGGGAGCAUCUGAGUGAGGAGUACGUGUGUAGCCGUCCUCUUGUAGGCAAACAGACGACAUACACAGAGUGCUGCUGUUUGUACGGGGAAGCCUGGGGUAUGCAAUGUGCUCUCUGCCCCAUGAAGGACUCAGAUGACUAUGCCCAGCUGUGCAACAUCCCUGUGACAGGGCGGCGGCGGCCAUAUGGACGGGAUGCGUUGGUGGACUUCAGUGAACAGUAUGGCCCAGAAACAGACCCUUACUUCAUUCAGGAUCGCUUUCUAAACAGCUUUGAGGAGCUACAGGCUGAGGAGUGUGGCAUCCUCAACGGCUGUGAAAAUGGCCGCUGUGUGAGGGUCCAGGAGGGUUACACUUGUGACUGCUUUGAUGGAUAUCAUCUGGAUAUGGCCAAGAUGACCUGUGUCGAUGUAAAUGAAUGCAGCGAGCUGAAUAACCGGAUGUCUCUCUGCAAGAACGCCAAGUGCAUUAACACAGAAGGCUCCUACAAAUGCUUGUGUCUGCCAGGCUUCAUACCAUCUGACAAGCCCAACUACUGUACGCCACUGAACACCGCUUUGAAUUUAGACAGAGACAGUGACCUGGAGUAAAGGAGAAGAAGCUACAUAACCUAUGCCCAUAUACUCUGCACUGUGUAAAGGAAAAGGGAGAGAUGUAUACUUGAGACACUGCACCUAACCCAGAACGUUGGCAAAGACGGAAACAAAUUGGAGUUGAGGGAACCCCCAAAGACAGUGAGCAGGAACCUGAGAGGUGCGACAGACCAAAUGGACAUUUCUUCAGAAACCCAGUAUAUAUAGUCUGUUCAUAUGUAAAAUUCAAUGGAAAAGAGGCAGGACAUGGCUGUCAUUUUAAACAGAGGUUGUAUUAUUAUCUUGUUUUGAUUUUUUUUUUUUACUGUUGCUUAAAUUUGGCUUUUAAAUAGUGGUGGAAAUGUUUUAUAUGAUUCUUCUUUUUGCUGUGCAGAUCCUCAGCUACCGUUUUUUUCUUCAGCAAUAAUCUCAAGUGCAAACAUCUUUGAUAAAAUAUUGUUAAACUGUAUUAUAAGUAAUAUGACACAGGGUUGUGCUGUUCCUUGGUCCGGAGACUUUGAAAAACAAAUUGUCUGUCCUGUGGAGCAGGCAGUGACUGUUAAACUUUUAUAUACAUUUGGAGAGGGUGGGGAAACACCUUUAUUUUCAGUGUCUUACCAGAUUGCCUGUCAAUUGGAUCCCUUACUUGGAUGGAAACUUAAGAGCUUCUUAGCAUUCAUUAGUAUUGUGGUGUGUAAAGUCAACCCAGAAAAAUGUCAAAACCUGAACAUCGCCCCCAAAUAUUUACCAUUGUACGUUAUUAAACAAAUAAAAAUCACCAUUUUUGUAGGAAAAAAAACUGUGUGUGGAAGAAGUUGUCCACUUCCUCAUAAUAGCUCCCCACCCCCUAUCCCCCAGCUCUUAUUUCUUAACCAGUGGUCCUCCAUUGUGUUAGGCUUCUGUAAGUUAGGACUUGUUAGCUACUGUUACAGGUUGCUAAUUUCCCUCUUAAGUUCCACGGUGAAGUGCUAAAUCCCCAUGCUUUAGGAUGCAUGGACUCUCUUUGGAGACAAGAUCUCUAAGGAGGACAUCAAAGUUACAGGAGACCAGUGGAGUAAACUGUUAUAAGACUACAGGUACCAAGACUUGGUAACUGUACCAAGACUACAGGUGUCCUUAGGUGACAAGGACAAAAGAACACGUGCAAAGGAAAAGUCACUUGAAGAGGGCUAGAAGGCGACCAUCUUACAAAAGAGGGAGGCCUCAGAGGGAAGUCAACCCUGCUACAGAUCUUGACCCCUAGUCCAGAAUUAUGAGAAAAUAAACUUGUGU